UCGGAUUUGCAGGUUCAUCGAGGUGGAGGUGGUGCAGACUCGCUUCUGGGAGUCCCGCUGAGAGCCAGACGGACGCGGCGGGUUCCAUUUGUAAGUGAGUGAGGGAAGGAAUAUCGAGGAAGGAUCGGGCCGGAUACGCCGGGACCUCUUUCUUUUCUCUCUUGCACUCUCAUCUAAUGGCUUUCUACCGGACCCUGCAGGAGUUGGAUCUCCUCCCUCCGCCAUACCUUAAAUUGGACACUUCUCAUAUCUCCCGCGGCAUGACACCCAUAUCCGCAAGACAAAGGAUGACCCUCGAACAUCUUUCUGCUAGCCAAAAAGACGAACGGACAUUCACUGCUUCUGUUGAGCCAACUUUACUCUCUGAUCUUUUGUUGGCGCUAGACGAAGACCUUUCCCGCUCAACCGCUUUCUCAGACCAGUAUGCCAAAUAUCGCGAUGCCGUUAAAGACAAUUAUGAGGAUCUGCUCUCGGCGCUGGACGAUUCCCACAACGAACUCCUACCUUCUCUUAUACCGCAAGUUUCAGAAUCGACGGUGGAUAGUAAAUUAUCAAAAAUGAUAUUGAAACAUGCUGAGAGAACCGUCCUGCACUUUAUCCCCAGAUGUUGGUCUCAGUACAGAAACAGUGUGUCUCAUGAAAGCAUUCCUGGACUCUGGAUUGUUCCCGAUGCUAUGCUCUCUUACCCGAAUUGCUCUCCGACACUUCCUGAGUUUAAUAUCGUGAUCAACAAAGGCGAAAACCAGUUUUUCCUUUACCUAGCGGGAAAUGAGUUGAUCAAGCGGCUCAAGAGUGUCGGCUUAGCGCGGUUGGACUAUCCUCAUACCAUCGUUAACAAUCAGGAUAACUGGUGGCUACUCCUCAAUAAGAGCGCAUUGUACUUCACAGAUGUGGACCCCGCUGGAGCUGAUAUUGUGAUGUACUACUCUUGCAACGCCUUUCUCAUCAUGUGGCGACAGCGUAAUGAUUCAUUCCCGGACCAUAUCUUCAUCAGCGACGUGAAGGGAAACUUUCGUGGAAACUCUCUUGAGCAGCAGUUUCGCUCUGGCACGAUCAGUGAUGCUAAAGCUCGCACGAUAUUUUCAGAGCCCGAGGGCGGAUACCAGUCGUAUCCCCACAUCCACGAUGUCUACUUGGCGAUAGUUUUUGUCGCUGCUCUGGCUGCGAACCCUUUGCAUGCCGUUCAUUUCCCGUCGCUGGAGGCCUUUCGAUCGAGGCGUCGAGUGCCGCCGCCUGUGGUGCUAUCGAAUGUUUAUGAUAUCCAUGGGCGAGACCUUGACGAUGAUACGUCUAUCGAUGAAAAUUCAGCCUAUACACCCGCUUCAAUCUGGAAUCCUGUCGUGCCUCGUGCGUUUCGGACCUUUGAUAAAGCCUGUGGUGCGACCAGGGCAAAUCUGUUCUGGACAGAUCCGGGUUACUGGCACUGCAAUUUUGUUUGUUUUAUCCCUUCUCUGAUUGAAUGCGAUAUCGUCCUUCGGUCCAGGAUACAAAGCAGCGUUCACGGUUAUACAUAUCUGGCGAACGUCCGUGGGCUUCAGAGAAGGUUCGUUUUGAAAGUCUACAGGUUUGAUGCUUUUGGCUGGGCGGAGAUUGGUGCGUAUAUAGCUCUGAAGAAGUUGCAGGGCAGUAUUGUUCCGGCGUGUUAUGGGUUCGGGUAUGUAGGGGACCUGCCUUGGAUCCUGCUGGAGUAUAUCCAACCUCCUCCACCUUACAUAUCGUUCUCUGAUCUCAGGCAGAUCAGCCUGCCCCAUCGGCUGUCUACAGAGGUAAAGUCGUCCACGCUGUCAGGCUGCUUCACCAAUUGGGGUACAAACAUGGUGAACUAUUCGACGAUAACAUCAUCUGGACUGUAGAUGAGGACCCGGUGAUUAUCGAUCUAGUGGGCACUAAGAAGCAUCAUUGCAGUGGGCUGAGCGGUUGUGGGGAGAUUGAGGAUGUGCGACGACGGCUUGGUUU